ACACAUAAACAGUUUUGUUUCUUGGAAUUUUUAAUAUUAGAGAUUAUUUUCGUUCCCUGGAGUGAAAAUGGAGAAGCCAAAAUCAAGAGCAAUAAUAACAGUCAAAGUGAGGCAAAUACUCUCAAAUUCUUAUGAUAAUUUUCUCGAACAUCUUAAGUUCAAACCCCUAUUUCAGUUGAAAUAAAAGCUUACAGAGCUUGCUUUGCAAAGGAGAGGACAGGCCUGCUGGAGAUCAAAGCAAGUAUCCUAACAUCGAAUUGUGAGAUUCAAGACAAUCUUGACUCAUGGGUUGAUGACGGAGUGAGCAACUGUUGUGAUUGGGAUCGAAUUACCUGCGAUGCCACAUCAAAGCGUGUGAUUGCAAUUUCUCUCAAUUACACAACAGGAUAUCCACUUAAUUUUACAGGAAUAGUUUGUAGUUUCAAUCUAUCUUUGCUUCAUUCUUUUGGUGAACUGCUUCACCUUGAUUUGUCUCAUAAUCGCUUUAAUGGCUGGACUAACCAUGGAGGUAUAUAUCUCUUAUCAGUUUGUUGUUCUUAAUUAGUACGUAUUUUAUAUAUAUAUAUAUAUAUAUAUAUAUAUAAACUCGAGGACGUUGCAUUCUCAAGUCGUUUUCCUACAAGAUUCAUGCUACCAACCAUACUGGUAUUCCCUGUAGCUUGUUAUUGAUGCAUUAGAUCUUAAUUCGUCAGAUAAUCAACCUUGCAGCACCACGAGCAUAAUAGAUUCAAAAAUUGGAUGCAAUAUCUUCCACAAUUACACACAAUUUCUUGUACAUAUAUGUUUGAUCAGUUGUAUGAUGACAUCUGGAUUAAGUACAGCGAUACAUUUACACUCCAGGUACAAAGAAAUGCAAAACCUAAAACUGUACAAUUUGCAGGUUUUGAAAAAUUAUCAGGUUUGAAGAAGCUGCAGAUCCUAGAUGUUUCUUCUAAUUAUUUCAACAAAAGUAUCUUAUCAUCUGUUCGUGCUCUUGUAUCACUUAAGAAUUUGAUUCUUAGAAGCAAUGACAUGGCUGGGUUGUUCCCUAGUAAUGAAUUAGGUGAUUUGAUAAAGUUGGAAGUGUUGGAUCUAAGCCAUAACUUCUUCAAUGGCACCCUAUCAUGGGAAGGAUUAUGUGGAUUAAAAAGCUUACUUGAGUUGGGUCUUAGUGUUAAUCAAUUUUCAGGCCCUCUUCCACAAUGUCUUAGCAACUUAACCAACCUUCAAGUUCUUGAUCUAACGUCCAAUGAGUUCAGUGGCAACAUCCAAUCUGUUGUCUCUAAGCUCACAUCACUCAAGUACUUGUUUCUUUCUGGAAAUAAGUUUGAAGGCUUAUUCUCAUUCAGUUCUUUGGCUAACCACAAAAAACUUGAAAUUUUUGAGCUCUCAUCUGGAAGUACAAUGUUAGAAUUGGAAACAGAAAUUCCUGUCUGGUUUCCUACAUUUCAAUUGAAAGUAAUUGACUUGCCUAAUUGCAACUUAAAUUUGCGAACUAGAAGAAUUCCUAGCUUUCUUCUUUACCAGCAUGACUUACAGUUCAUUGAUCUCUCUCACAAUAACCUCAUUGGGGCAUUCCCUAGUUGGAUCUUGCAGAAUAACUCUAGGCUAGAAGUUAUGAAUAUGAUGAACAACUCAUUCACGGGAACUUUUCAGUUGCCCAGUUACAGGCAUGAGUUGAUUAACUUAAAAAUUUCGAGCAACAGCAUCGCUGGUCAGAUACCUAAGGAUAUUGGUCUGCUCCUCUCAAAUCUACGUUAUUUGAACAUGUCAUGGAAUUGUUUUGAAGGUAACAUUCCUUCCUCAAUCAGUCAGAUGGAAGGACUAUCUAUUCUGGACUUGUCCAACAAUUAUUUCUCAGGAGAGUUGCCUAGAAGUUUACUUUCCAAUUCCACCUACUUAGUUGCAUUAGUUCUAUCUAACAACAAUUUUCAGGGGAGGAUUUUUCCAGAAACUAUGAACUUGGAAGAGUUGACUGUGUUAGAUAUGAAUAACAACAACUUUAGCGGGAAGAUAGAUGUAGACUUUUUCUACUGCCCCAGGUUGUCUGUUCUUGAUAUAUCCAAAAACAAGGUAGCAGGUGUAAUUCCUAUUCAGCUAUGUAAUCUUAGCAGUGUCGAAAUUUUAGACCUCUCAGAAAAUAGAUUUUUUGGGGCAAUGCCUUCUUGCUUUAAUGCUUCAUCAUUGCGAUACCUGUUUCUACAAAAGAAUGGUCUAAAUGGGUUAAUACCACAUGUGCUUUCUAGGAGUUCUAAUUUAGUGGUAGUUGAUCUGAGGAAUAACAAGUUUUCUGGAAAUAUUCCAUCUUGGAUCAGUCAGCUUUCUGAAUUGCACGUGCUGUUAUUAGGAGGAAAUGCAUUAGGAGGCCAUAUACCUAAUCAGUUGUGCCAAUUAAGAAAUCUGAAAAUCAUGGAUCUUUCACACAAUUUACUUUGUGGUUCAAUUCCUUCAUGCUUUCACAACAUAUCAUUUGGGUCGAUGGUAGAAGAGAGUUUCAGUUCUUCGUCUAUAGGUGUGGCGAUGGCCUCACAUUAUGACUCCUAUGCUUACUACAAGGCCACUCUCGAAUUGGAUCUGCCUGGGCUACUUUCUUGGUCUUCUUCUUCAGAAGUACAGGUAGAAUUUAUAAUGAAGUACAGAUAUAACUCCUAUAAGGGCUCUGUCAUCAACUUAAUGGCAGGAAUAGAUUUGUCGCGCAAUGAGUUAAGAGGUGAGAUCCCUUCAGAAAUUGGAGACAUCCAGGAAAUUCGAUCAUUAAAUUUGUCUUACAAUCACUUGUCAGGAUCUAUACCUUUCAGCUUUUCAAAUCUAAAGAAUCUAGAGAGCCUGGAUCUUCGGAACAACAGCUUAAGUGGUGAAAUCCCCACGCAACUUGUUGAGUUGAACUUUCUAGGAACCUUUGAUGUUUCAUACAAUAAUUUAUCAGGUAGAAUCCUUGAAAAAGGACAGUUUGGGACAUUCGAUGAAAGUAGUUACAAAGGUAACCCUGAACUCUGCGGAGAUCUGAUUCAUAGGAGCUGCAAUACAGAGGCAACAACACCACCAUCACCACCGCCUGAUGUGGACGAAGAAGAUGAAGGUCCUAUUGACAUGUUUUGGUUCUAUUGGAGUUUCUGUGCAUCCUAUGUCACAAUCUUAUUGGGGAUAGUAGCAAUUCUCUAUAUUAACCGGUAUUGGCGGAUCUUGUGGUUUAACUAUAUUGAUGUAUGUAUUUAUUCAAUCUCUAUCAGGAUUUUUGGAACUGUACCGCACUAAUGCUCCCAAAUGUUCCUCUAUAUUGGGCACUUGAUUUGUACUUUAGUUUUUCUUGGUCAUGUUCUCUUAUGGACAGUAUCAAAGUUUCGUUAAUCUGUUCAAAUAUCAAAUGAGCAUUUACUGUGAUCGGCAAUAGUUUGUUGGUCAUUAGUUACUUA